GCAGGGAAGCGGCGCCCCUUCCUCUGCCGCCGCCAGGCGCCGCGCCCCCGGCCACGCCCCUCCGCGCCCCGCCCCCGCCGCUCGGACGGCCCGAGUCGCGCCCUCCCGCCUGGCGCUGCCGAACUUGCUCUAACUUCCUCGGCCGACCGGGCCGCGUCGCCGCCGCCGCGCCCGGGCCCUGCUUCUCAGAAGAUGCACUAUUACAGAUACUCGAACGCCGAGGUCAGCUGCUGGUACAAGUACCUCCUCUUCAGCUACAACAUCGUCUUCUGGGUGAAAGACACCAUCAGAGGAAGGAGUGGGCUGAGGAGAACAUCAAAACAAUUGGCUGGAGUUGUCUUCCUUGGAGUUGGACUCUGGGCAUGGAGUGAAAAGGGUGUACUGUCUGACCUCACCAAAGUGACUCGGCUACAUGGAAUCGAUCCCGUGGUGCUGGUCCUGAUGGUGGGCGUGGUGAUGUUCACACUGGGGUUCGCUGGCUGUGUGGGGGCCCUGCGGGAGAACAUCUGCCUGCUCAAGUUUUUCUGUGGUGCCAUCGUGCUCAUCUUCUUCCUGGAGCUGGCUGUGGCUGUGCUAGCCUUCCUGUUCCAGGACUGGGUAAGGGACCGGUUCCGGGAGUUCUUCGAGAGCAACAUCAGAUCCUACCGGGACGACAUCGACCUGCAGAACCUUAUCGACUCCCUUCAGAAAGCCAACCAGUGCUGUGGUGCCUAUGGCCCUGAAGACUGGGACCUUAACGUCUAUUUCAACUGUAGUGGUGCCAGCUACAGUCGUGAGAAAUGUGGGGUGCCCUUCUCCUGCUGUGUGCCGGAUCCUGCGCAAAAAGUUGUGAACACACAGUGUGGAUACGAUGUCAGGAUUCAGCUGAAGAGCAAGUGGGAUGAGUUCAUCUUCACCAAAGGCUGCAUCCAGGCGCUGGAGGGCUGGCUCCCGAGGAACAUUUACAUCGUGGCUGGUGUCUUCAUUGCCAUCUCUUUGCUACAGAUAUUUGGCAUCUUCCUGGCAAGGACCCUGAUCUCAGACAUUGAGGCAGUGAAGGCCGGCCAUUACUUCUGAGAAGCAGAGGCAAGCACAUGCAACUGAACCACACUGUGGAGGCCAGAGCCCUUCACUGUCAUCAACCUUGUUUCCAGCGGGAGAGACACUGACACAGCCACCCAGAGCCAGCACCCUGUCUUCGGCAUCAGUGUGAUGUGAACUCUCUUUCUGCUUGCUGGUACUGAAGACCCAAGCCUCCUUCUCACCUGCCCAGACUUGAGCCUGCAUCCCUGCUGGGUCUUACCUAGAGGCAGGAAGUGUCUCUCUGUGGGGUAGUGGCUCCGAGGGACAGACAGGGCUUCUGUGGCUGCAAGGAGUGCCCGUCUUGGCCCUCUUGGAGCCCAAGAGCAUCUGCAGACACCUGCUCCUCACUGCAGGCUUUGGGUCAUUGGCGCUAGGCAAAUGGAUGGCCACAUCUUAGGGUGGGACAUGGGUAAAGGAAUAGCAGGUGAGCACAGAACUUCUCUCUCCAUCAGGUCCAGCAGUAUAGCGUCCUGCUCCUAGCUGGGGAGGGGAAGGGGCUCAAGUGGAUCUCUGUGUGCCAGUGGGGUCUGUAGUGGUGUUCGGGUGGUGUGCAGGAUCCUCAGCCAUGUCCAAGUGAAGUAAGCCUGAGCCAGGGCAUGACUGGUGCCACGAAAUGCCUCGGAUGCUGCCCGCCAAGCCCCGCUGCCAUUCCCUGGGACAGGAACUGCCUCGUUUCAACAGCAUUAAGCCCUCAUUGCCAGGGAAGCGGGGGUGGCCCGGUUUCCCACUGAGAGCCGGCUCUCAUUUUCUUAAAGCGUGUAAAUAGUUUAUUUAUAGAGGUAAGAAUGUUCUCACACCAGUCUCCAUUUCCUCUUCCUUUCCUCCGGCAUUCUCCUCUAAGCAGCCUUACACAGUGUCUGGAACUAAAGCCGUCCCUUUCAGUUCUCCUGAGUGUCUCCAGGGCCAGCCACACAGCCUGUCUCUUCAUCUACACGUGUCCUGCAUUCCCCUUCCUCCAUACACUCACCCCCAAGCACACCCCACCUCCCAGCUUGGCCCACUGUCUCCUGGUUUUGGUGCUACUAAAACUGUCACCCAGAACUUGAAUCCUGACCCUCCCUCCCCAUGGCCUUCCCAGGGAGCCCCAGUCCACAGAUGGCCAGCCAGAAACCUUUUGGGCAGAGCUCCUGGUCGAAGCUGAAUGCUAAAGGCUGGCUGGACUGACAUCUGUCCCUGGAGAGAGCUGCUGUCCUGCAGCCAGGCCCUGUGCUGAGCUGUGGUCCCCAGGCCACAGCUGCUUAGAAUCUUGGGACGUUUUAUUCUCAUUUUCAUGGUGAUUCCCCACCAGGAUGUGUGGUCACUGUAUCCACCCUUCCUGUUGGGGCUCUUUUGGAGCUUGCUUUUGGCCAUGAAGUUUGUCUUAUGUCCUCAGUACCCCCUGGGGUAGUAGGGGCAUUGUCCAUCUUUGGCUGGGCUACUUCCUAAUGCUUCUUCAUAGCUUGUACCAGUUCUGUCCUUACUGUUCAGGGAUCGAGAGCUACCUUCAUUCACUUGCCGAAGUGUACAUUCUAGUGUGGUGUAUACUGGUUAUGCUGGUGGGUGUUUGUUGAUGAUGAUGAUGAUGAUGUUUUUGUUUUUUUGUUUUUUUACCAUUCUCUGUAGACUAGAAGAAGAAUGCUUGUGUUUUUAGAAAGUGUGAUGCUUCUCUUUGACUGCCAAACUCUUUUAUGGAAUAUAUCUUUAUAUUAAU